AUGAAAAACAUAUAUAACAACAACUUAUACAACAGCAACAACUUACGAAAUAUUGUAAAUGCAAUUAAAUUGCUAAAAAGUGAAUUAAAUAAUUUUAAAAUUGAAAAAAGUGAAAAAUUGCAGUCGCGCGGGAACAUGAAAAUUGAGAAAAUAUUGGAAUGUAUAUCGUUAAUUAAACAGUUGAAAGAAAACAAAUGUUGGGACAAAUGUCCAUUAUUUGUGCAACUUAACAAAGUUAUUGAAACUGUUGAAAGUAAUAAAGCUGAUAUUAUUUCAUUAAAAAACGUUAUUAAAACUGCUGAUAUUAAUAAACCAGAAGUAAAUAAAUUGAAAAAUAAACUAAAUUCUAAUGUUGUAAGUGACUACAGUACUGAAAUGACAAACAAGGAGGGACAAAAGAAAAAUGUCAGUAGUUCUCUGUGGUCAGACAUAGCAAAGUCAGAAGACAACGGUAUCCCGUUCUCAACUGUAAACGGAAAAAAAUCACGUCGAAAUAACAACAAUUGUGAGAAACAAAACAACUCAGGAGAAACCAGCAACAACCCAACAAACAACAAACAAACUGGAAAAAAGACAGCUAUGAAAAUAAUCGGUAAAAAAGUUUCAAAUGAUUGCAAACUGAAGGCAGAUAAAAUCUUGAUGAAAAAAUCUGUGUUCUGUUUAAGCAACGUCAGCAAGUGCCACAGAAAUGAUGUGAUGGCCUACCUAACCGACAAUGGUAUCCAUGUUGUUUCCUGUUAUCCCGUACUCAAACAAUUCAAUAAAAUGGCACCAGCUUCUACAGCCGACGUCAAUAACAAUAAUAAUAGUCAAACUGAAAAUAAAAAAAACAGAUGA